AGACUUGUCGGAACACAGUGUCACGGCUGCUGCAUCCCCAAAUCACCCACCAAUGGCGACCAACAAGGACCUGUGCACCGUCGAGAGGCGAGGCCGCGUGCACCUCAUCACCAUCACCGGCGCCGGCGAGCACCGCCUCAACCCGGACCUCCUCGCGGCCCUCCGCUCCGCCGUGGCCGCCUCCGCGGGCGCGGGCGCGCUGGUGCUCGCCGCGGAGGGGAAGUUCUUCUCCAACGGGUUCGACCAGGCGUGGGCGCGCACGGCGCCGCCCCACCUCCACAGCACCAUGGACGGCGGGCUCCUCGCGCUGGUGGCCGACCUCCUGGCGCUGCGCAUGCCCACGGUGGCGGCGGUGACGGGGCACGCGGCGGCGGCCGGGUGCGCGCUGGCUUUGGCGCACGACGCCGUGCUCAUGCGCCGCACCCGCGGGUUCCUGUACAUGAGCGAGGUCGACGUCGGCAUCAAGUUCGUGGACUUCGUCGCCGCCGUGUUGCGGGACAAGGUCCCCGACGCCGCGGCCAGGCGCGACCUGGUGAUGCGCGGGGACAGGGUGGCCGCGGCCGAGGCCGUGCGCCGGGGCCUCGUGGACGCCGCCGUCGACGGCGGCCCCGAGGACGUGGUGGCCGCCGCCGUCGCCGAGGCCGAGAGGCUGGCCGCUAGGGGCUGGGACGGGGAGGCCGUCGCCGAGAUCAGGAAGGCCGCGUGGCCCCAGCUGUGGGGCCAGGUCAAGGACCACGGCGCCGGCCCGGCGCCGGCGGGUGUGCGGCCGCGGCUCUAGGCGCACGCGCCGCGUGGUGCGCUGGUUGCCCGGUACGACCGGAUUGCUCCCAUCUACAGCGACGCGCGAGUCACAUCAAGAACAUGUAGCGACGCACUUGUUGUACUUGGUCAGACUCUCGGAUGGUUGUAUACUUGUAUUGUAUGAUUGUGUCGUAUCUUAUCUAGUAUUAGUACUUGCUGCCAGUACUUUAAUUAGUACUACGAGGAAAUGGUUACACUGAACUGCUCAAGAAUAGUCUCACUCUGUUGUGUGUGUUCGUCCCA